AGGGAUUUUCAUUGAUCGUUCAAAUUUCGUAAGCUGUAUGAGCCGAAACAUCGGCAACUCGAGGGACCACCGAGGAAGAGGUUCCUACUGUUGGUCACCUGGUCACGAGCACUCUUUGCGUUUGACCCCAAGCUUGUUGUGCACAGGGAAGCAAGCCUCUUGUCCACCGGAAAAUCUCGUCGAGCGCCCAGCUCACACUAAAAGGAGGACCACAGAGAACUACCCCUUCAAGAUGUCCACAGCUCCUGAAGAUGGGUUGCGUCAACGCCAUCCUCAAUCCGUGACUACCGCCGAAGCGGAUCCAUCUGGCAAGGUCGCCAAGAAGGAUGUUUUUGGGUCUCAAGGUCCACAGAGCUGGAAGAGGAGGCAUCAGGGGCUGCUACAGGAUAAGCUGGGCAGGACCGGAGCAGGCCCGCUCGUGCCGUCCUUCUCCGUUGCUGUGAGGAUGCUUCUAUUGAUCAGAUCAGCUGGAGCGAUGUACAGUCUGAUAUCAGACUGCGAUGAGGUAUUCAACUUUCUCGAACCUCUUCACUACUUCAGACAUAAUUCAGGUUUCCAAACGUGGGAGCUCUUGCCUGAGUACGCGAUUCGAAGCUGGGCAUACGUUUUAUUACACUGGCCCCUGGCUCAUCUGGCUCCGAUGAUUUUGCGCGUCGGCAAGCGCCAACAAUUCUUCGCACUGCGAUUAUCGCUCGGCCUCGUGUCGUCACUGUGCGAAGCCAAGUUCUACCGCGCAGUCGUCGAGGCAGUCAACGAGCAUGUCGGACGGUAUACUUUAUUCGCCAUGGCCUUCUCUGCUGGCAUGUGGAGCGCAAGCGUAGCAUUCCUGCCGUCCUCAUUUACGAUGUACACUACUCUCUUGGCUUGUUCGUACUCAUUCCACCCCGCGACUUCAGACUCCAUCGGUAUCAGCAGGAUCCGCAAAGCCACGUUCUUCGUUGCUCUUGGAGCGAUUGUUGGAUGGCCAUUCAGCGCCGCAAUUGGAAUUCCGCUGGUCUUCGAAUAUCUUUUCUUGACUGGCGGUGAUGUUGCCGUUGGUGGUGCCCGGUCAACCUUGACGGCCAAACGCUGGCAGAGUAUGAUCUCAGCGGUGGUCAUCUCUCUAUCUAUCGUCCCGGCGGUGUACUUGAUCGACUCUUGGGCCUAUGGUCGUCAAACGUUCCCGACGCUCAACAUUGUUCUCUACAACAUCUUCUCGAGUAAUGGACCGGAUCUGUACGGGAUCUCCCCAUGGUGGUACUACCUCGCCAACCUGUUCCUCAACUUCAACUAUCUGUUACCGUUUGCACUUGUCUCUCUCCCAGGCCUGCUGGUGACGUAUUUUGUCGACAAUCGUCGACUUGGCAAAAGCCAAAUGUCUCCAAAGGCAGGGGAGACCAGCCCGUACACCUUGCUGGCUACGCGAUUGGCUCCUUUCUACCUCUGGCUGGUGAUUAUGAGCUUGCAGCCUCACAAGGAGGAGCGCUUCAUGUUCCCCUUGUAUCCUCUACUGUGCUUCAAUGCCGCCGUAGGGAUAUAUCUGAUCAAGGGAUGGGCCGAGGUCGCAUACAUUAAAGUCACAAAAUCUCCUUACCAGGCCUCCAAAUCCACCUGGUUCUCCAAUUUCUCCCUCUUUUGCAUUGUCAUCCCUUCCCUCCUGUCCAUUUCGCGCGUCCUCGCCCUUCACCACUUCUAUCACGGUCCAUUUGAGAUUGUCCGACAUUUCCAAUACAGCACUAUCCCCGGCAUCCUCUCGUCCCUCGGCUAUUCGCCUAUUCCGCUGCGAUACAAGCCGAAACCAAGGGAGAAGAUAACCCCCGAUUGGGAUUAUUCACCACUGGCCAAGAUGGAUGAUCCGAUAACUCUCUGCUACGGUACAGAAUGGUACCGCUACCCUUCGAGCUACUUCAUUCCUGAAGGCGUCAAUGUCCAGUGGGUCAGAACAGAUUUCGACGGCAUGAUGCCUCGUAAAUGGGAAGCCAGUGCGAUCUCCAGCAGUGUUUGGCCGAGGUCCGAAACAAGAGUCUCCAGACCAGGGAGGUUCAAUGGCGAGAACAAGGCAUCCGCUGAGCCCGGCACCUAUGUCCAACCUCAGCAAUGCGAUUAUAUCGUCGCCUCGCACAUGCCUUCCACACGUCAUACUACUCUCGAGCCUGAUUGGGCAGCUUCUCCUGAAUGGCAAAAGGAGUUCUGUACGCCUUUCCUCGAUGCAGAAGGCUCGCAAUGGUGGGCUAGACUAUAUUGGGUACCGGGAGACCUGCUGGAAGCUGGCAGGCAAUGGGGAGAGUACUGUCUAUUGAGGAAUGUUGAUAGAGCAAAGAAGAGAGCAUAGAGUGCCCUUGGCGCGUUCUGGGGGGGCAGUCACUUUGCCCGACGUAGAAUGAUUCAUCAAGACACAUACAACAUGCAUGAUUGUCGAC